UUGACGUGGAAUUGGAAUACACAUAUCUAUGCAACCCGAAUCGGGUCGAGUAGCAAAUCGAAAACGCCAUAAAUUUCAAUCCAAUCUCAAUCCCAAUCCGUAGUCUGAUACGGGCAAAGGGACUCUAGUGUCGACUUGAGUCGCUAAAUGAAAAGCACACAUUAGAGACUUUCUAGAAAACGCGUAUUAGCAUUUUUUACGUAUCAAGUUCCCGUUCUAUAUCUAUUGAUGCAUCUAUGGUAAAUUCCGUAAAGUAAUGUGCGAAGGAUGAUUCUUGGAAUGAUAUGAAGACGCUAAUUACAUUUUUGGGGCAGUUUUUCGGUAUAUUCUGAUCAAUUCUGAUAUACUCUGUGAUAAACGGAAUAAAAUAAUCUAAAUGUGUCCGCAAGAAUGCUCGGUAUAAUUGUAGCUGGCCGACUCGUCCAAACCGAUUUUCAACAAGUUGGUGAAAAUCAGUUCUUAAUUACUAUACCUGACGCUGAUAAUAUAAACCAUAUAGUAGUAUUUCUCACUGGCACUGUCCCUUUCCCAGAUGGUAUGGGAGGUGCAGUAUACUUUAGUUGGCCAGAUCCGAAUGCGCCGCCCAACUGGCAAUUCCUUGGAUACGUUUCCAAUUCUAAGCCAUCGGCCAUCUUUAAAAUAUCGAAUCUAAAGAAAAAUCAUGAAUUUGAAAACAGCAAUUUAGGAAUUUUUGGGGUUGGUAAGAUCUCGCACUUCGCGCAGAUUGGUGUGUCGGUUGAACCACUGGCGGUGAUUGAGCAGCAAGUAGCUACCGUUGCCGCAACUACGACCAACUCUUUCGUGGAAUUUGUACAAAAGAUGUUAACAAGUUUUGUGAAUUAUGUGACUAGUUUCACAGUGACGCAAGGGCAAAUGACGCCAAAUCCUACUGAGAACUAUGUGCCUCUAUCUACAUUACAGAGCUGGUAUGAAACCUUUGAGAGACGGUUGCAGCAGAAUCCGAAUUUUUGGAAGUCAUGAUUAUAAUUAUGAUCACAUAGUAUGAAAUUUGGAUUUUCUAUUGAUACACACACACACACACACACACACACACACACACACACACACACACACACACACAC